GGUGAUCUAUCAAUGUGCAGAAACCUCACAGUCCUGUAUCUAUAUGACAACCAAAUAUCACAAAUCUGCAAUUUGGAAUUCGCCUCAAACCUUACACACUUAUAUAUGCAAAAUAACAAUAUCUCUUGCAUAGAGAACCUCUCAUCUCUACAUAAGCUCUCCAAACUUUUCUUGGGAGGUAACAGCAUCACUGUGGUGGAGGGAUUAGAUGAGCUGAAAAGCCUGAAGGAGCUGCAUGUGGAAGGUCAGAAACUACCCCGUGGAGAAAAGCUGGUCUUUGACCCCCGUUCCAUUUCUAGCCUCUCUGAAACUCUGUGCAUUCUAAAUAUCAGCAAAAAUAACAUUGAUGAAAUAUGGGACUUGGCCCCUCUCCGAAAACUGACCCAUCUUUACGCUACCGAUAACCAGCUACAGGACAUACAG